GGUAGGUCUUCGUUUCGUUCGGGACGUCUUGAAGCAGCGGCGCGAGAGGGAGAUGGUGGUGGCAAGGAAGGCGGUAGGGGAAUGCCCGAAGAAGGUGGCGAGCCUGAUCGACCUCGCCAACCUCCCCUCCACGCUCAGGGAAUUCGCUGGCCGGUCCCAGAUGUCCCACCUCUCCUUCUUCAUCCGCGUCUGGUCCCACAUCAAAUCCAACAAUCUCCAGGAUCCAAACAAUAAGAACAUGGUUAAUUGUGAUGACAAGUUGAAAAGCAUAUUGUUGGGAAAGUCUCAAGUCGAGCUUGCUGAACUUCCGAUGCUUAUCAAACUCCAUUUUCCCAAAGCACCAAAAUAACCGUGAGAAAUCAUGGAAGCAGAUAAUGGACCUAUGUGCACCAUAAUGAUGAAUGCUUAUGCUGUUGUUAAUGCAAAUUUGUACUAUUUGAUGGUGUUUCUGUUGCUGGGUUCUCAACUCUCAACUCUCAAUGCUGUCUUUCUACACCUGUCAUGCUUCUCAGGUUCCUCCAUUCCAAAAGUUCAAGAUAUUCUCAGAAGACAGUCGGCCAGGUUUAUCUUCAAGUGAUGGCUUUGAUAGAUUAAUAGUUGGGUGAGCAUGACAUGAUUGUGCACUUGCUAGGUCUCUAUGUACAUGAUUUUGCACAUUAUACACUGAGAAUGACAUGAUUAUGCGGAUUUAAUGUAUUCAUGUUUCUUUUUUAAAAUGUAGAACAUAAUUGUUCUUUAAAAUAUAUGCUCGAAAUGAUGUUCGCUUUGCAC